AUGAGGUUGCGUCUCCUGGUGGCCACGCUCUGCGUUGGAAUCCUGGCGGGGGCGCCCCGAGUGCGGGCCCAAUCCAGAGAGCAAGUGACCUGCACGCGUCUUUACGCCGCGGACAUCGUUUUCCUCCUCGACGGCUCCUCUUCCAUUGGCCGCAGCAACUUCCGCGAAGUGCGGGGCUUCCUCGAAGGGCUGGUGCUGCCUUUCUCUGGGGCAGCCAGCGCGCAGGGCGUGCGCUUCGCAGCGGUUCAGUACAGCGACGAUCCGCGGACAGAGUUUGGCCUGGACACACUGGCCUCGGGGGGCGAGGCCAUCCGUGCCAUCCGUGAGCUCAGCUACAAGGGCGGCAACACUCGCACAGGGGCUGCGAUCCGCCACGUGGCCGACCACAUCUUCUUGCCCCAGCUGACCCGUCCUGGCAUCCCCAAGGUCUGCAUCCUCAUCACAGAUGGGAAGUCCCAGGACCAGGUGGACGCAGCGGCCCAGAGGCUGAAGGGGCAGGGGGUCAAGCUGUUCGCUGUGGGCAUCAAGAACGCUGACCCCGAGGAGCUGAAGCGAGUCGCCUCCCAGCCCACCGGGGAUUUCUUCUUCUUCGUCAACGACUUCAACAUCUUGAGAACCCUGCUGCCCCUCGUCUCCCGGCGGGUGUGCACGACUGCUGGUGGCAUUCCCGUGACCCUCCCCCCCGAUGACUCGACUUUGGGUCCUCGGGACCUGGUGCUAUCUGAGCCAGGCAGUCAGUCUCUGAGAGUACAGUGGACGGCAGCCAGCGGCCCUGUGACUGGCUACAAGAUCCAGUACACUCCUCUGACGGGGCUGGGACAGCCUCGGCCCAGCGAGCUGCGGGAGGUGAACGUCCCAGCUGGUGAGACCAGCACGUGGUUGCAGGGCCUCCGGCCACUGACCGAGUACCAAGUGACUGUGGUUGCCCUCUACGCCAACAGCAUCGGGGAGUCUGUGAGUGGGACGGCUCGGACCACUGCCCUGGAGGGGCCAGAGCUGACCAUCCAGAACACCACAGCCCACAGCCUGCUGGUGGCCUGGCGGAGCAUGCCGGGCGCCACCGGCUACCGCGUGACCUGGCGGGUCCUCAGCGGUGGAGCCCCCCAGCAGCAGGAGCUGGGCCCCAGGCAGGAGUCCGUGCUGCUGCGUGGCCUGCAGCCUGGCACCGACUAUGAGGUGACCGUGAGCACCCUGUUCGGCCGGAACGUGGGGCCCGCCGCCUCCCUGACCGCCCGCACUGGCCCCGCCAUUGAGCAGAUCCUGCGCCCAGUCAUCCUGGGCCCCACAUCCAUCCUCCUUUCCUGGAACUUGGUGCCUGAGGCCCGUGGCUACCGUCUGGAGUGGCGGCGUGAGAGCGGCCUGGAGCCGCCGCAGAGGGUGGUUCUGGCCCCGGAUGUGACCCGCCACCAGCUGGAUGGGCUGCAGCCAGGCACCGAGUACCGCCUCACGCUCUACACCCUGCUGGAAGGCCGCGAGGUGGCCACCCCUGCCACCGUGGUCCCCACAGGGCUGGAACGGCCUGUGGGCCCUGUGACAGACCUACAAGCCACCGAGCUGCCCGGGCAGCGAGUGCGAGUGUCCUGGAGCCCAGUCCCAGGCGCCACUGAGUACCGAGUCACCGUGCGCAGCACCCAGGGGGUUGAGCGCUCCCUGGUGCUUCCUGGGAGUCAGGUGGCCUUCGACCUGGAUGACGUUCGGGCUGGACUUAGCUACACGGUGCGGGUGUCUGCUCGAGUGGGCACCCGUGACGGCAGUGCCAGCGUCCUCACUGUCCGCCGUGAGCCAGAAACCCCACUGGCUGUCCCAGGGCUGCGAGUCGCGGCAUCAGAUACGACGCGAGUGAGGGUGACCUGGGGACCUGUUCCCGGAGCCAGUGGAUUUCGGAUCAGCUGGAGGACAGGCAGCGGUCCUGAGUCCACCCAGACAUUGCCCCCGGACUCCACGGCUGCAGACAUCACGGGACUGCAGCCCGGCACUUCGUACCAGGUGGCCGUGUCGGCGCUUCGAGGCAGAGACGAAGGCCCCCCUGUGGUCAUCGUGGCUCGAACCGACCCACUGGGCCCAGUGAGGACAGUCCAUGUGACUCAGGCUGGCAGCUCAUCUGUCACCAUUGCCUGGACCAGGGUUCCCGGCGCCACAGGAUACAGGGUGUCCUGGCACUCAGACCAUGACCCAGAGAGAUUGCAGUUGGUGUCGGGGGAGGCCGCGGUGGCUGAGCUGGACGGGCUGCAGCCAGACACCGAGUACACAGUGCACGUGAGGGCCCACGUGGCAGGCAUGGAUGGGGCCCCCGCCUCUGUGGUCGUGAGGACCGCCCCUGAGCCUGUGGGCAGUGUGUCCAAGCUGCAGAUCCUCAAUGCUUCCAGCGACGUUCUGCGGGUCACCUGGGCAGGCGUCCCGGGCGCCACAGCCUACAGGCUGGCCUGGGGCCGGAGUGAAGGUGGCCCCACAAGACACCAGAUGCUCUCCGGAAACACAGAGUCCGCAGAGAUCCGGGGUCUCGAAGGCGGAGUCAGCUACUCUGUGCGAGUGACUGCUCUAGUCGGGGACCGAGAAGGCGCCCCUGUCUCCGUUGUCGUCACCACGCCACCUGAGGCUCCCACAGCCCUGGAGACUCUUCGUGUAGUGCAGCGCGGGGAGUACUCGCUGAGGCUGCACUGGGAGCCGGUGCCCGGCGCGCACGGCUUCCGUCUGCGUUGGCGACCCGAAGGUGGCCAGGAACAGUUCCGCCUUCUGGGACCCGACCUCAGCAGCUACCACCUGGAUGGGCUGGAGCCAGCAACACAGUACCGUGUAUGGCUGAGCGUCCUGGGGCCGAGUGGAGAGGGCCCUCCCCGUGAGGUGACUGCGCGCACUGAGUCACCUCGUGUCCCUAGCACUGAACUACGAGUGGUGGACACGUCGAUCAACUCGGUGACUCUGGCCUGGACCCCGGUGUCUGGGGCAUCCAGCUACAUCCUGUCCUGGCGGCCACUCAGAGGCACUGACCAAGAGGUGCCCGCUGCCCCGCUGACACUUCCAGGGAUCUCAGGCUCCCAGCGCGUGACAGGACUAGAGCCUGGCGUCUCCUAUGUCUUCUCCCUGACACCUGUCCGGGACGGUGUGCGGGGUCCUGAGACCUCCGUCACACACAACCCAGGGUGUCCCCGCGGCCUGGCGGACGUGGUGUUCCUGCUGCACGCCACUCGCGAUAAUGCUCACCGUUCGGGGGCCGCGAGGCGGGUCCUGGAGCGCCUGGUGUCUGCACUUGGGCCUCUUGGGCCACAAGCGGUCCAGGUUGGCCUGCUGUCCUACAGCCACCGGCCCUCCCCGCUGUUCCCGCUGAAUAGCUCCCAUGACCUUGGCGUCAUCUUGCAGAAGAUCCGUGACAUCCCCUACAUGGACCCAAGUGGGAACAACCUGGGCACAGCUGUGGUCACAGCUCACAGAUACCUGUUGGCGCCGGAUGCUCCUGGGCGCCGCCCACACGUGCCAGGGGUGAUGGUUCUGCUCGUGGAUGAGCCCCUGAGAAGCGACAUAUUCAGCGCCAUCCGCGAGGCACAGGCGGCUGGACUUAAGGUGAUGAUGUUGGGCCUGGCGGGAGCUGACCCGGAGCAGCUGCGUCGCUUGGUGCCAGGCAUGGACCCUGUGCAGAGCUUCUUUGCCGUGGAUGAUGGUCCGAGCCUAGACCGGGCAGCCAGUGAUCUGGCUGUAGCCCUGUGCCAGGCAGCUGUGGUCACUCAGGCACGGCCAGAGCCUUGCUCAGUGCAUUGUCCGAAGGGCGAGAAGGGGGAGCCUGGACAGCAGGGCCUGCCAGGACAAGCUGGGCCUCCCGGUGCCCCCGGCCUCCCGGGCAGGACGGGUGCCCCCGGCCCCCAGGGGCCCCCCGGAAGGACCAAUGCAAAGGGCGAGAGGGGCUUUCCUGGAGUGGAUGGGCUUCCAGGUAGCCCUGGCCGCCCCGGGACUCCUGGGACCCCCGGCACCCCAGGCCCAAAGGGCUCUCCGGGGUGGGCCGGCCCUCGUGGAGAACCGGGAGAGCCAGGACCUCGAGGCCUGAAAGGGGAGCCGGGGGAGCCUGGACGAGUCGUCGGAGGCGAGGGACCGGGGCUGCCUGGGCAGAAAGGGGACUCUGGGCCUUCGGGCCCCCCUGGACCCCGUGGCCCACCAGGGGACCCAGGACCCCGUGGUCCUCCAGGACUUCCUGGAACAGCUGUGAAGGGUGACAAAGGUGAUCGCGGGGAACGGGGUCCUCCUGGGCCGGGUCUCGGUGGCACUGCUGCUGGGGACCCUGGACUGCCGGGUCUUCCUGGAAGCCCUGGACCUCAAGGCCCACCUGGACCUCCUGGAGAGAAAGGAGAAAAGGGUGAAUGUGAGGAUGGAGCUCCAGGCCUCCCAGGACAACCUGGGACCCCGGGAGAGCCGGGCCUACGGGGACCUCCUGGAGUCACUGGCCCCAAAGGUGAUCGAGGACUGACAGGGGCCCCCGGAGAGGCCGGAGAGAAAGGCCAACGUGGACCCCCUGGCCCAGCAGGACCCCAGGGGCUGCCGGGGCUUGCAGGCCGUCCUGGAGCUGAGGGUCCUGAAGGCCCGCCAGGACCCACAGGCCGCCGAGGAGAGAAGGGAGAGCCUGGUCGCCCUGGGGACCCUGCAGUGGUGGCUGGUGAAGGGGUCAAAGGAGAGAAGGGAGAUGCAGGGCCUGCAGGCCCCAGAGGAGCUGCCGGAGUGAAAGGGGAGCGGGGCCCACCCGGGCUGGCUCUUCCUGGAGACCCUGGCCCCAAGGGAGACCCUGGAGACCGGGGUCCCAUUGGCUUCACUGGCAGAGCAGGACCCCCCGGUGACUCUGGGCCUUCCGGGGAGAAAGGCGACCCCGGGCGGCCUGGCCCUGCUGGACCUGUUGGCCCCCGAGGACGAGAUGGUGAAGCUGGAGAGAAAGGUGACGAGGGUCCCCCGGGAGACCCAGGUUUGCCUGGCAAAGCAGGGGAGCGUGGCCUGCGGGGGGCACCUGGAGCCCGAGGACCUGUGGGUGAGAAGGGAGAUCAGGGAGAUCCUGGAGAGGACGGACGGAACGGCAGCCCUGGACCGUCCGGGCCCAAGGGUGACCGCGGGGAGCCGGGGCCCCCAGGACCUCCUGGACGGCUGGUAGAUGCGGGACUUGGAGCCAGAGAGAAGGGAGAGCCUGGGGACCGUGGGCAGGAGGGUCCUCGAGGACCCAAGGGUGACCCUGGUCCUCCUGGAGCCUCUGGGGAGAGGGGCAUCGAUGGGCUUCGGGGGCCCCCAGGCCCACAGGGCGACCCAGGUGUUCGAGGCCCAGCAGGAGAAAAGGGGGACCGGGGCCCCGCUGGGCUGGAUGGCCGGAGUGGUCUGGAUGGGAAACCAGGAGCCCCUGGCCCCCCUGGGCUGCAUGGUGCUGCGGGCAAAGCUGGGGACCCAGGGAGAGACGGGCUUCCAGGCCUCCGAGGAGAGCAUGGCCCCCCUGGCCCUCCUGGGUCCCCUGGAGCACCGGGAAAGCCCGGCGAGGAUGGCAAACCCGGCUUGAAUGGCAAAAAUGGAGAACCUGGGGAUCCUGGAGAAGAUGGGAGGAAGGGAGAAAAGGGAGAUCCAGGUGCCCCUGGAAGAGAAGGUUACGAUGGCCCCAAGGGUGAACGUGGAGCUCCGGGUAGCCCUGGACCCCAGGGCCCUCCAGGCCUCCCUGGGCAGGUUGGCCCCUCUGGCCAGGGUUUUCCUGGCAUCCCAGGAAGCGUGGGCCCCAAGGGUGACCGUGGAGAGACUGGAUCCAAAGGGGAUCAGGGCCUUCCGGGGGAGCGUGGCCCCAGAGGAGAACCUGGGAGCAUGGUGAACGUGGAGCGGAUGCUGGAGACGGCUGGCAUCAAGCCGUCUGCCCUGCGGGAGAUCGUGGAGAGCUGGGACGAGAGCUCUGGCAGCUUCCUGCCUGUGCCCGAGCGGCGUCGUGGCCCCAAGGGGGACCCGGGCGAGCGGGGCCCCGCAGGCAAGGAGGGCCCCAUCGGCUUUCCUGGAGAACGCGGACUGAAGGGAGAUCGCGGAGACCCUGGCCCUCAGGGGCCACCAGGCCUGGCCCUUGGGGAGAGGGGUCCCCCCGGGCCUCCCGGCCUUGCAGGGGAGCCCGGAAAGCCUGGUAUUCCUGGGCUCCCAGGCCGGGCUGGGGAGACAGGGGAGGCAGGAAGACCAGGCGAGAGGGGAGAACGGGGUGAGAAAGGGGCACCUGGAGAGCAGGGCAGAGACGGCCCUCCUGGCCCUCCUGGAGCCCCCGGCCCUCCUGGGCCCAAGGUGGCUCUGGAUGAGUCAGGUCCCAGACUCCCCGGAGAGCAAGGACCCCCAGGACUCAAGGGUGCGAAGGGAGAGCCGGGCAGCGACGGUGACCGAGGCCCCAAAGGAGACAGGGGCACGCCGGGCACCAAGGGGGAGCAGGGCGAGCCGGGACAGAGGGGACAGAACGGCAGCCCGGGUCUGCCUGGAGAGCGAGGAGUGGCUGGGCCCGAGGGGAAGCCGGGUCUACAGGGUCCUAGGGGGGCUCCAGGACCAGCCGGUGGUCAUGGAGACCCUGGACCACCUGGUGCCCCGGGUCUCGCUGGCCCCGCAGGACCCCAGGGACCUUCUGGCCUGAAGGGGGAGCCUGGAGAGACAGGACCCCCGGGACGGGGCCUGCCUGGACCCACUGGAGCUGUGGGACUCCCUGGCCCCCCUGGCCCCUCAGGCCUUGUGGGUCCACAAGGGUCCCCAGGUUUGCCUGGACAAGUGGGGGAGACAGGGAAGCCUGGAGCCCCAGGUCGCGAUGGGGCCAGCGGAAAAGACGGGGACCGAGGAGGCCCUGGUGUGCCAGGGUCACCAGGACUGCCUGGUCCCGUCGGACCUAAAGGGGAACCUGGACCUGUGGGGGCCCCUGGACAGGCCGUGGUUGGGCCCCCUGGAGCCAAGGGAGAGAAGGGAGCCCCUGGAGGCCUUGUUGGAGACCUGGUGGGGGAGCCGGGAGCCAAAGGUGACCGAGGACUGCCCGGGCCGCGGGGAGAGAAGGGCGAAGCUGGCCGUGCUGGGGAGCCUGGAGACCCCGGGGAAGACGGUCAGAAAGGGGCACCAGGACUGAAAGGCCACAAGGGUGACCCAGGAGUUGGCCUCCAAGGCCCCCCUGGGCCAGCUGGUCCCCCGGGCAUUAAGGGAGACCUCGGACCCCAGGGCCCCCCCGGUACUCCUGGUGUUGUGGGGUUUCCUGGGCAGACGGGCCCUCGCGGAGAGAUGGGUCAGCCUGGCCCUGUAGGAGAGCGGGGUCUAGCAGGCCCUCCAGGAAGAGAGGGUGCCCCAGGCCUCUUGGGCCCACCUGGACCACCAGGGUUGGCGGGUGCACCCGGGGCCUCUGGACUCAAAGGAGACAAGGGAGACCCUGGAGCAGGGCUGCCCGGGCCCCGAGGCGAGCGUGGGGAGCCAGGCGUCCGGGGUGAAGAGGGGCCCCCCGGCCGAGAGGGACCCAGAGGACUCGCGGGGCCACCAGGCAGCCGGGGCGAGCGUGGGGAGAAGGGUGACGCUGGCACCGCAGGGCUGAAAGGUGACAAGGGUGACUCGGCCGUGAUGGUGGGGCCUCCGGGGCCACGGGGCGCCAAGGGGGACACGGGUGAACGAGGGCCUCGCGGCAUGGAUGGUGACAAAGGACCUCGGGGAGACAGUGGGGACCCUGGUGACAAGGGCAGCAAGGGAGAGCCUGGUGACAAGGGCUCGGCCGGGUCGCUGGGAGCUCGCGGACUCUCAGGCCCCAAGGGUGAACCUGGCGCUGCAGGGAUCCCUGGUGAGCCGGGAUCCCCAGGGAAGGAUGGAGCCCCUGGUGUCCGGGGAGACAAAGGAGACAUCGGCUUCAUGGGUCCCCGGGGCCUCAAGGGAGAACGGGGCGUGAAGGGAGCCUGCGGCCUCGAUGGGGAGAAGGGAGACAAGGGAGAAGCUGGGCAGCCAGGCCGUCCGGGGCUGGCAGGACGCAAAGGAGAGAUGGGGGAGCCUGGCGUGCCGGGCCAGCCUGGGGCUCCUGGCAAGGAGGGCCUGAUCGGUCCCAAGGGUGACCGAGGCUUCGAUGGGCAGCCCGGACCCAAGGGUGACCAAGGCGAGAAGGGGGAGCGGGGGCCUGCAGGAGUUGGGGGCUUCCCAGGUCCCAGAGGCAACGAAGGCUCUCCUGGUCCCCCGGGGCCGCCUGGUAGUGUUGGCCCCAAAGGCUCUGAAGGACUGCAGGGCCAGAAGGGUGAGCGAGGUCCCCCAGGAGAAAGUGUGGCGGGAGCCCCUGGAGUCCCUGGGGCCCCUGGUGAGAGAGGCGAGCAGGGGCGGCCAGGGCCUGCCGGCCCCCGAGGCGAGAAGGGAGAAGCCGCCUUGACAGAGGAUGACAUUCGGGCCUUUGUGCGUCAGGAGAUGAGUCAGCACUGCGCCUGCCAGGGCCCGUUUAGUGCAUCGGGAUCACGACCCCUCCCUAGUUACGCGGCAGACACCGCCGGCCGCCAGCUGCACCCUGUGCCCGUGCUGCGCGUCUCUCACGUAGAGGACGAAGGCCAGGUGCCCCCCGAGGACGACGAGUUCUCGGAAUACUCGGAGUAUUCCGUGGAGGAGUACCAGGACCCUGAGGCGCCCUGGGAUGCCGGCGCCCCAGACCCCUGCUCCCUGCCGCUGGAUGAGGGUUCCUGUGCUGCCUACACCCUGCGCUGGUACCAUCGGGCUGGGCCGCGCGGCACCGAGGCCUGUCGUCCCUUUGUCUAUGGUGGCUGCGGAGGAAAUGCCAACCGCUUUGGGACCCGUGAGGCCUGCGAGCGCCGCUGCCCACCCCGGGUGAUCCAGAGCCCCUGAACAGAUAAACAGGUGCUGCCCCGAGCUGAAGGCCCGACCGUGAGCUGACCUUCAGCGUCCCCUGGAGGAGCAGGGUCUCAGCUGCACCCUGCCGCCCCUCCCCUUGGUGCUAGAGGCACGUGAGCGUGCGAGUGCGUGUCCGUUAUUUCCGUGACUUGGUCCCACGGGUCCAGCCUGCCCCCUGUGGACAAGCCCCCAUUGUGGCAGCUGACUCACUGUGGGGGUGGCUGUGGGCUGUGAGCGGAGGUGACCGGCGUCUGAUCUGCUCCUGGACCCACGCUGUGAUGACAUGGUGCUGUUUCUGGGGGGUAUUAAAGCUGCUGUUUUA